AUGGGGACAUUCUCAGUAAGGAAUCUACGAGCGGACACACAAAACGUUGCCAUGAGGAACAAACGGACCUUUCCCAGGCUGAUGCGGUUUUUGUUAUUCUAUCUCGCCACUUGUGUGGCUGUGUACCUUUUCUUUCGCUAUUACUUGACGAAUGACCAUGAUUAUGGAACGCCAAUGCCCGCAGCUUUUAUGCACGAGAACGUUUUGAGGCCUCUGAAAAGUUUCCCCUCUGUUAAACUUACGGUGUCGCCGAAUGAAUUGUUUGAAAAAUUAUACUAUCAUAAAAUCAGGACAAGACCAGGAACGUUCCAUGAGCCAAGCUGGCACAAGACAAAGAAUGAUUUUGUAACAAAGCUGGGUGAUUCUUCAGAGAAAGGCGAUGAAUUUAUCCCCAACUCAUUAGGUUUACAAGAGAAAAAAUUUGACGGUAGCCAAGAUGACAUUUUGGUGGGGGAAACUUCAACAAAAGGGAAAACAUAUAGUUCUUUAAUAGCCCCGAACCAAGCCGUGAAUAAUAGCAUGAACUUAAGUUUACUUCAUAAUAUUUCAAAUCUUCAAAGAACUUCUAUUUCGUCGUCGACCAUUUGGCAUCGAUAUCAAGACUUCCGUAGCGAGUGGUUUCGCCAACGUCGCGCACGCGUAGAUUGGCGGAGUAUGAUUCAACCGUGUAUUGAUAACUUGGCUUGGGGACUGGUGAAAAAUCAGUGGGGGAAGACCAACAGAAGUAGUGCCGCUGCAAGUGAGAUUGUCUAUCAAGAAAUUAAGCCAGCAGGGGAGUUUAGUAAAAUUUUAAUUCAAUCUAAGACAAUUAAUAAUCAAACAAAGCUGAUUGGCGGCGACACGUGGAGGGUGUAUUUACGAGGUCCUUCAAGUGUUGCGGCCACUGUAUUUGAUCAUCAAAACGGGACGUAUGAAGCUCUGUUUCUCCUCACGGAGCCUGGUAUCUACCAGCUGCUGAUCUUUCUUGAUUAUAGUCUUUGUGAUGGAUUUAAGGAUCCACCUCCGGAUUGGUUCAUCCAAGGCAAUGCGCAAGGGAAGUAUCAAAGAGAUGGCCUCCUAGGUACACUUGAUGACUAUUUGAAUGAGCCCUUUAGAAAUGGGAACCCUUUAACCAUUACAAUACCCAAGGCGCAGUUGAACACGACGUUUAUAGGUAAGUAAUUAAAGGAUUGAAUAACGAGAGUUUUCAAGCAGAACUUUCCUAGACACUGAAAAUAUCAUAACUAGCCCAUAUUGAGCAAAAUCAAUGAGAAAUGAAUCUAUUUCUUGUCUCAAAAAGUACUGAGAAAUGAAUGAUCAUAUCCCUCGCUGGAUACUCAUUUGACGGAAGUAAGGCCAAAUUGAGAGCUUUUUGGCUGCGAUAAGCAAGAAAAUGACACCACAGAAAAAUUAUAAAAUUUUCCAUAUUUCUAUAUUGGAUUGCUUCUUGAGGAAGACCAAUUUUACAUAUCAAAGUGAAAAAGAAGCAUGUAUUAAAUGACAGUAGCAUGACACCGAUACUGAUUUUCACAAAAAAAAUUCGGUUUUAUUAACAGAGUUGUUGAGUCAAUUUGCAUCGUAAAAAGAUUCAAAAGAAGUCGCUUCAAAGCACUAGCCACAUUUUUAAAAAACUAUAUCUCCGUGACGGUAGUUUUUAUAUCCUGCUAUUUGUUUUUCGUAUUAUUACCAUUUCCUUUUCAAACUCUAUUUUACCAGAAUCACUUCACGAGGAUUUAGGUUCCUGUUCCAGUACCUGCAAUCACCUAUGGGAUGGAUUUGGACAAUGGAAAAACAACCAAUGGAAGCCUUACCUUCAAGGUCAGUACGUACGCAACAUAUUGUAUCUUCCAUAUCCAGUAUAGAGGCGAACAAUACGGCAGGUUUCAGUGCGUCGAAUUUACGAUUUAGCGGACGGGCCUCGGCAGCUUCGUCAAACGGGUCUUUACUCUUCCGAUCGCAUCGGUUCGCCUCGACGCCGACAAGUAUCUGAAUAACAAGAUACUGUGGUCAGUUAAGUAAGAGUGACAACCUCAACUCUUAGUUCGUGUUGUCUCGUUUCUCGCGAUCAACAGCAGUAUAUACAUCCACUUUCGUCUUACUUUUUAUGUUUGCUUCUCACCCUAGACUUGUUUUCAGUGGAGGCUAGGUAUUUGAAAUCAUGUUUCUUAGGGCAUCAAAACCUUUUCCAUGGAUAUCGGAGACAUGCGAUGAGGGCGUGCGUCUCCCAUCGAUCAGGGCUUUUAACUACACACAUGCAGUUUUGUUCUGUAGAUGUAUGACCUUCAAGCACUAGAGGGGGGAAGGGCCUGCAUAAGGUAUAUGCUAAGGGGGUAGGGAAAGUGAGACGUUAGCUUCCUGGCCUCUUAUCUCCUUCAUCAUCCUCUAUCAACUCACAUGGGACGUGAAGAAACCACUGUGUUUCAUAAAUAGAGCAGGGGGUUAAACAAACCCCUUCGCUUCUUGUGCCGCAUGUAGCCUGUGAAUUCCAGAUGAACUAUUUGUCCUGUUUGGAAAACAAAAAUGUGGCAAAAAGGGUCGAGCACGAAUCUGAUCAUUGUUAAAAAACCAAAAGACCUAUCAUGCUCUGAAUUUUACUGUGAAAAAUAUUAAGAAAAAUAAACUUAACAGCAUCAUAUUUUUUCUAACUUCUAAAACCAAAUUACUUUGACAAAUCACAACAAGUCUUGAAUUCAAUGUCGCAAUUACCGGAGAAUUAAGCAAACUAAGUAUAAAUGUAGCCCCCGGAGACUAGCCUCGUAAAAAGCGUACGAGUGGAUGCAAGUGAGGAUCUACAUCUACAACUUAUCCUUACUGAGUAGGUAAGGAUACUAAUACUCUGCUGGGAGUUGUUGCGUCCGUUUGCACGUAGCUAAACGUUUGACCGGUUUCAAACCUUGCGCAACAACUCUCAGGAAAUUCUCAGGAAUUUUGAUUCUAUUCGUAGUUUCAUGUCGUCGCGUGACCUUCUAUCCUGUGAAAUGAUCAACUGGUAAUGACUUAGAAAAGCAUGAAGAGCACAUUUUGUCCAUGGGAACAUUCUCAGUAAGGAAUCUACGAGCGGACACACAAAACGUUGCCAUGAGGAACAAACGGGCCUUUCCCAGGCUGAUGCGGUUUUUGUUAUUCUAUCUCGCCACCUGUGUGGCUGUGUACCUUUUCUUUCGCUAUUACUUGACGAAUGACCAUGAUUAUGGAACUCCAAUGCCCGCAGCUUUUAUUCACGAGAACGUUUUAAGGCCACUGAAGAGCUUCCCUUCUGUUAAACUUACGGUGUCGCCAAAUGAAUUAUUUGAAAAAUUAUACUACCAUAAAAUCAGGACAACACCAGGAACGUUCCAUGAGCCAAGCUGGCACGAGACAAAGAAUGAUUUUGUAACAAAACUGGGUGAUUCUUCAGAGAAAGGCGAUGAAUUUAUUCCCAACUCAUUAAUAGGUUUACAAGAGAAAAAAUUUGACGGUAGCCAAGAUGACAUUUUGGUGGAGGAAACUUCAACAAAAGGGAAAACAUAUAGUUCUUUAAUAGCCCCGAACCAAGUGAAUAAUAGCAUGAACUUAAGUUUACUUCAUAGUAUUUCAGAUCUUCAAAGAACUUCUAUUUCGUCGUCGACCAUUUUGCAUCGAUAUCAAGACUUCCGUAGCGAGUGGUUUCGCCAACGUCGCGCACGCGUAGAUUGGCGGAGUAUGAUUCGACCGUGUAUUGAUAACUUGCCUUGGGGACUGGUGAAAAAUCAGUGGGGGAAGACCAACAGAAGUAGUGCCGCUGCAAGCGAGAUUGUCUAUCAAGGAAUUAAGCCAGCAGGGGAGUUUAGUAAAAUUUUCAUUCAAUCUAAGACAGUUAAUAAUCAAACAAAGCUGAUUGGCGGCGACACGUGGAGGGUGUAUUUACGAGGUCCUUCAAGUGUCGCAGCCACUGUAUUUGAUCAUCAAAACGGGACGUAUGAAGCUCUGUUUCUCCUCACGGAGCCUGGUAUCUACCAGGUGCUGAUCUUUCUUGAUUAUAGCCUUUGUGAUGGAUUUAAGGAUCCACCUCCGGAUUGGUUCAUCCAAGGCAAUGCGCAAGGGAAGUAUCAAAGAGAUGGCCUCCUAGGUACACUUGAUGACUAUUUGAAUGAGCCCUUUAGAAAUGGAAACCGUUUAACCAUUACAAUACCCAAGGCGCAGUUGAACACGACGUUUAUAGGUAGGUAAUCAAAGGAUGGAAUAACGAGAGUUUUCAAGCAGAACUUUCCCAGACACUAAAAAUAUCAUAACUAGCCCAUAUUGAGCAAAAUCAAUGAGAAAUGCAUCUAUUUCUUGUCUCAAAAAGUACUGAGAAAUAAAUGUUCAUAUGCGUCGCUGGAUAUCUAAAAAUCCUUACCAAAAAUCAGUGUACUCAUUUGACGGAAGUAAGGCCAAAUUGAGAGCUUUUUGGCUGCGAUAAGCCAGAAAAUGACACCACAUUAAAAUUAUAAAAUUUUCCAUAUUUCGGAUUGCUAGUUGAGGAAGACCCAUUUUACAUAUCAAAGUGAAAAAGAAGCAUAUAUUAAAGGACAGUAGCAUGACACCGAUACUGAUUUUCACAAACAAAAAUUCGGUUUUAUCAACAGAGUUGUUGAGUCAAUUUACAUUGUAAAAAGAUUCAAAAGAAGUCGUUUCAAAGCACUAGCCACAUUUUUUAAAAACUGUAUCUCAAACGGUAUGUUUUAUAUCCUGCUGUUUGUUUUUCGUAUUAUUACCAUUUCGUUUUCAAACUUUACUUUGCCAGAAUCACUUCACGAGGAUUUAGGUUCCUGUUCCAAUACCUGCAAUCACCUAUGGGAUGGAUUUGGACAAUGGCAAAGCAACCAAUGGAAGCCUUACCUUCAAGGUCAGUCAACAUAUUAUGUCUUCCAUACCCAGUUUAGAGGCGAAAAAUACGGCAGGUUUCAGUGCGUCGAAUUUACGAUUUAGCGGACGGGCCUCGGCAGCUUCGUCAAACGGGUCUUUACUAUUCCGGUGCCAUCGGUUCGCCUCGACGCCGACAAGUAUCUGAAUAACAAGAUACUGUGGUCAGUUAAGUAAGAGUGACAACCUGAACUCUUAGUUCGUGUUGUCUCGUUUGUCGCGAUCAACAGCGGUAUAUAUAUCCACUUUCGUCUUACUUUUUAUGUUUGCUUCUGACCCUAGACUUGUUUUCAGUGGAGGCUAGGUAUUUCAGAUCAUGUUGUUUCUUCGGGCAUCAAACCCUUUUCCAUGGAUAUCGGGGACAUGCGAUGAGGGCGUGCGUCUCCCAUCGAUCAGGGCUUACAACUACUCACAUGCAGUCUUGUUCUGUAGAUGUAUGACCUUCAAACACAAGAGCGGUGAAGGGCCUGCAUAAGUUAUAUGCUAAUGGGGUAGGGAAAGUGAGCCGUUAGCUUCCUGGCCUUUUAUCUCCUUCAUCAUCCUGUAUCAACUUACAUGGGACGUGAAGAAACCACUGUGUUUCUUAAAUAGAGCGGGGGGUUAAACCCUGGUUGUUUGAUCAAUCUUUCGGGCCCUUUCCCGAUUUUUUUCUGAUGGGAGGGGUCUGCAGUACACGGGCUAGGUUUGUGAGGGGCAAAUUUUACUCAAAAACCUUUAGUACUACGCCAGACCGAUUGUUAUCACCGCCCGUUUGGCAUCUCUGAAAUAAAACAACAACAACAAAAACAAUAUAUGUGGGUGCCCUGUUAAACGAAUUUCUUUCUCUGCAUGCAUUACAACAGAGUCCUACGACUGGGCGUUACCGCUACUAUACAAGCAGAACGGAACAUUUUGGGUCUACGGCGACUCGUUGGCCCUUCGUCUGGUGAGUUCAGUUCAGACUCGGAUGUUAUGCACAAAGCUCUACACGGGGUGUAUAUCAAGCUACAACUGGAUUUAUCCCAUUGUAAAUGAGGCAGUGGAUAAGGAACUGAACGACGAUCUUGACUUCAACCCUGAAAGAGUUAUCGAGACAAUCCUUGCCGUUCUUCGUCACCCUCUGAUGCAGCAGCGAGAAAGCAGUGUUCUUCUACUGAACCUUGGAAUUCAUUAUCCUAUUGGGGUGAACUUUACAACUUACCAGAAGCUAAUUGGCGACUUGAUAAACAAACUAAAGGAGACAAGAGUUGAUUCGCAAGGAAACGUAGUUCCUAAGUACAAGGCCAAAAUUAUCUGGAAGACAUCGUCUGCUAUACACAAAGAAAAGGCUCAAGAACUCAACAUAACCCACUGGCGAUUCUUCACCACUCAGGUACAUGAAGCAGGCGUUAUUUUUGGCGCAUUUCAGGCGAGAGGGACGCCGUGGCUAGGUGUGGUGCGCCAGACACGCGUUUUCAUUUUCGCCCCAUUCUUCGUUGCGCCUGUCUGGUACUUCACGCCUGCCCACGCGGAUCUCGCGCUUGCCCUCAUUCGCCUAAAAAACGCGAAAAAAUAACACCUCUUCAUCAGGAGGCAAACACAACCCUAACACUCCCACUUUGCUCCACCCCAACCUCGUCCCAAGGGCUUUUCCCUUAAAAAAUGGAAAAGCCCUGGGGACGAGGUUGGCUCCACCCCAGAAUAUGUCUUUAUCUAGACUACCCAUUAGUCUAGUUUGCGGAAGGAAGUAAAUCCUGUUUACACUUUAAGUCACAACCAGUUGAAAUUGGUUGUGAACACCGUAUGCGGGCGCUGUCAGGAUCCCGGUGCUGUCCCAAUCAUCUCAACGCGACCGACUGAGAAAUUAAAUUGGUACAGAUGUGACCGCUCUGUUACUCGGUUUUUUUGUAAACUGUCGAUAAUUGAUGAACAAUUAAUAUGUAUUAAACAGGAAACUGGAACGGGAAAAUGCAAAAGAGACUAUCGAAAGAGUACUGAAACUGGCAUAGAAGAAAAAAACCUUUGAGCAGUUAUUCAACACUGUUACUUUAGCUGGUACCAAGAGACAUAAUGAGAUAUUAUGGCUCUUGCUGGUACACAUAAAAAGGACCAGAAAAAAGGGUUCGUAACCGUGCUUUUUAUUGAUUUUAAAAUAUUUUGUUUUCAUCAGCGAGUUGCAGUGUUCAGUAGCUAUGCGAUGUCAGCCAUGUGUGAAGCCGGUUUUGACGUCAUAGACAUAUAUCCCAUGACUGACUCAUACCCAGGUGGCACGCUGGAUGUGGUUCAUUACCCAAAUCACGUGUUCAGCUCCAUGGUAACAAUGCUGGAGAAAUACAAAGUGAACAACUACAGACAAUUGAGCGGAAAUGAGACACUCAAUAGAAUAAAACGUUGCAUCGGUUGA